CUCGUUACUCUUCUUAUCUUUUCUGCCUGGAUCGCACGCAGCGCUAGCUUCCUCAUGGGUUAACAGAUUUCCCUGCCUGCUUCCACCCUGGACCCACCCCCAUUAUUCUCAACAGCCAGCACAAUUGUGUUCAAAACUAAAUUAAAUCGGGCCCCACCUCUGCCCAGCAAUGGAGAUUUGGGCUCAGGGAAAACUCCCACACUCUUGCCUGCAGGGCCCUACGUGACCUGCCACGACCCACUUCUUCCCUUCGCGAGCUGCUGCAGCCACGCUGGCCUCCUGCUGUUCUUCCUACACUGAGACCUGUUUCUGGCACUGGGCAGGCUGAUCUGAGGAAGCGGCAGCCUCUGUCCCAGGGCAGACAUCACCAUGGCCUUCCUGACACACCUGCUGGUCUGCACCUUCGGGAUGGGCUCCUGGGUGGCCAUCAACGGGCUCUGGGUAGAGCUGCCCCUGCUGGUGACAGAGCUCCCCGAAGGCUGGUACCUGCCCUCCUACCUCACAGUGGUCAUCCAGCUGGCCAACAUCGGCCCCCUGCUGAUCACCCUACUUCAUCACUUCCGGCCUAGCUGCCUUUCUGAAGUGCCCAUCAUCUUCACCGUGCUGGGGGUGGGCACCGUCGCCUGCACGCUCUUCGCCUUCCUCUGGAAUGUCACCUCCUGGGUGCUGGGCGGCCACCACAGCAUCACCUUCCUGGUCCUCACCUUCUUCCUGGCCCUGGUGGACUGCACCUCCUCCGUCACCUUCCUGCCCUUCAUGAGCAGGCUGCCCACCCACUACCUCACCACCUUCUUUGUGGGUGAAGGACUCAGUGGCCUCCUGCCUGCUCUGGUGGCUCUUGCCCAGGGCUCAGGUCUCACCACCUGUGUCAACGUCACUGAGACAUCAGGCACCACCCAGAACCCUGAGACCACCAGGGCUAUGGACACCUCACAGGGAGCUGGCAGCACUCUGGUCUCUGAGCUCACUGGAACGGCACCCCAAGUGGUCCAUCUGGAAAGCCGCUACCUCCCUGCCCACUUCUCGCCCUUGGUCUUCUUCCUCCUGCUCUCCUUCAUGAUGGCCUGCUGCCUCGUCGCCUUCUUCUUCCUCCAGCACCAGCACAAGCACUGGGAAGCCUCCACGGAAGACCUCCUCACCUCUCAGAUCACGCUACAGCCCAUCCAGCCACACAAAGAGAAGGACCUGGGCCCCCCAGGCCCCGAGGACAGCAGCAAGGGCCAGGAGCCUCCAGAGGAGAAGACAGCCCCCUGCCACCCGGCCCGCCUGACCUUCAUCUACCUCCUGGUGGCCUUUGUGAACGCGCUCACCAACGGCGUGCUCCCCUCCGUGCAGACCUACUCCUGCCUGUCCUACGGGCCGGUGGCCUACCACCUGUCCGCCACCCUCAGCUCCAUGGCCAACCCUCUCGCCUGCUUCCUUUCCAUGUUUCUGCCUAACAGGUCUCUGCCGUUCCUGGGGGUCCUUGCAGUGCUCGGGACCGGCUUUGGUGCCUACAACAUGGCCAUGGCCGUGAUGAGCCCCUGUCCCCUCAUGCAGGGCCACUGGGGUGGAGAAAUCCUCAUUGUGGCUUCGUGGGUGCUGUUCAUUGGUUGCCUGAGCUACGUCAAGGUGAUGCUGGGCGUGAUCCUGCGCGACCUUAGCCGAAGCGCCCUCUUGUGGUGCGGUGCAACAGUGCAACUGGGCUCCCUCCUCGGAGCGCUGGUCAUGUUCCCACUGGUCAAUGUGUUCAGGCUCUUCUCCUCCGCUGAUUUCUGCAGCCUGCAGUGCUCAGCCUAGGCCAACUGAAGGGGCGUAGUCCACCCCAGGGCCCCGUCCCCAUGACCAACACCUCGAGGUAAGGCCAGUGCCUAAGGUCACAGAGCCAGUGGUAGGGAGCUGGAAGGCAGAGCCGAGUACGUGAAGCAGCAACACAAACUCCCCUCCGAACGGUGGGAAAUGCUACGGGACCUGGAAAUGCAAAGCACAGCCCACCCCAACAACACAAACUCCCCUCCGAACGGUGGGAAAUCCCACGAGACCUGGAAAUGCAAAGCACAGCCCACCCCAACUCUGUGUCACAGCGCCUACAGCUCCAGCAUGUCAGGACUCCUUUUGGCUCUUGAGAGUGGACUGCACUGAGCAUCCAGUAGAAGGGAAACCACUGGGAGGGUACGCUGGCCCUUACCAGCUAUGUGACCUUAGGGAAGUCACCUGAUUUCUCUGUGCUUCUGUUUCUUCCUCCAUAAAAUGGGGGUUAUAAUAAACAGCAUCUACUUCGUAGGUUUGGCACAAGGAUAAAAGGGAGAAGCACCCAGCAGGUAGUAAGUUCUCUUGGGACAUUUCCUGAUUUGAUGCCCAGCAGUAAUAACAGGAGUGACUGUCAAUACAGCCUAGAAGUGGCCAGAGGGCUCGAAGGAUGACCCCUUCCCAUAUCCUUCCCCACCCCCAUCCUCACAGAGAAGCUUCUAGAAGACAGAUGGCUUAUGCUGGAAUCUCGAGCAUCUUGGCUUCCCAAUUCUUACUAUGGAGGAACGCUGUAUCCCACACACCCUUUCCUGUAACCCCUGCUGACCCAGGAAGGCCCGCUCCUUGGAGAGUAAGUGAGCUCCCAAGAGGGAGAGAGAGGAUUGAGGGGGAGGAACCACACCAAGCCUCUGAACACGUGCCCCCCCGCCCGCCCUCCACUGGGUCAGGUUCAGCCACAGUGAACCCUGAGGACCCUGGGAGGCAGCCGUCUGAACUGCAGGCAGGAGGAGCGUGGGGAGGAGUUAGCAGCAUUAGCUACGUGAUAGCUUUUUGGUUUUACGUUUUGCUUUUCUUUUUAUAAAUAAAGACACUCCCUGCUUUGACACUAAGAGCAUCUGUACAAGAAAAGGUCCAACAUGAACACCCCAAACUAUACCAAUAUGAUCAGUUUUCAGUUGGUUAUGAGCUCAGAAAUAGACAGAAGCAAGGACCUAGAGAAUAUCUGGUCCUAGGACUUCUCUUCUUUAGUGGUUUUUUGGUCAGCUUGCUACCACCCCUCCUUUUAGUUUAUCUUGAAUAGAUAAUGUAGUCAUAGGUGGAGUUCCUGUUGUGGCUCAGCAGUAACGAACCCAACUAGUACCCAU